AUGCCUUCUCAUACUCUUCAAAAGGACAGUUUGGCACCUACUUCAUUUGCCCUCAAAGAUAUGAAGCAGCUGUUUGACUGGCAGCCUUCCUUGCUAGACACAUUCAAUGUAUCUAACAUUGCAUUACAGCCACGCGAGUCUGCAUCUACAACUGCCCUGAAACCUAAACUACUAUUAUGUCAUGAUAUGGCUGGCGGCUAUAAAGAGGAUAAGUAUAUCCAAGGCAAUGACUAUCAAGAUAUUUAUUACAUUCAGUAUUGGCAUCUGGCAGAUACAUUCGUCUAUUUUUCUCAUGAGCGUGUAUCGAUUCCUCCAGUCAAUUGGACCAACGCUUGCCAUCGAAACGGUGUUCAGUGCCUAGGUACGUUUCUGGUGGACGGCAACAAUCAAAUGCAUGAGAUGGAGGCACUGCUUUAUGGCCCACCCACACUAAACAAUAGCAGUGAUGAUCCAAUGCGACUAUGGAGCCCCUUUUAUGCAGACAAACUGGUCGCCAUAGCAAAGCACUACGGGUUCGAUGGCUGGCUGAUCAACAUUGAAUGCGAGUUCUUUCCGUUUCCUACAAGUCCGUUUUUCAAAGCGCAUGAACUAGUAAAGUUUCUCUGCUACCUGACACAGGCAAUGCACACCGAGAUUCCUGGCUCAAAAGUGAUUUGGUAUGAUAGUAUGACCACCACUGGCGAGAUUGACUGGCAAAAUCAACUCACAACCAAGAAUGAGCUAUUUUUCGAGAAUUCAGACGGUAUAUUUCUCAACUACUGGUGGGAAAAAGAAUAUCCAGAGCUAGCAAGAAAACUAGCAGAGAGACAUGGUAAGACGGGCGUAGAUGUAUAUUUUGGAACCGAUGUUUGGGGAAGACAUACCUAUGGAGGAGGAGAGUUCAAGUCUUACAAGGGCGUCAAGGCUGCUAGCUCUGCUCAGACAUCUUCGGCUUUGUUUGGUAUGGCUUGGACAUACGAACAUUUUGACAAGACUGAGUUUGAGAAGAUGGAUCGUCUGUUUUGGUGUGGUGGAGAGUACUCUGAAUACCCGCCUCCACCACCACCAAAACAAUCGAAAGGUAAAGAUGAGCAUGUAGACAGCGAUGACAGUGAGGACGAAUUGAUGUAUGGCCACAAGAAGGGAAUAGCAGACAUAGUGGCCAUUAUCCCUGCACCUGGAAAAAACUGGUUUGUAACAACCUUUGACAGAGGCUUUGGCAAACGCUUCUAUCAUCGAGGCAAAAAACUGCUCUGCCAACCUUGGUCGCAUCUUUCGCACCAGUCCAUACUACCCAAUCUCAGAUAUCGAGAGCCCAUGGUCUAUCCAAAUGACAAGAAUAUUUCUGUACAUUGUUCUCUGCAAACGGAGCACGGCGCUUAUCUAGGAGGCACCUCUCUUGUCGUUGUCGGCCAACGGGUAAACCAUCGAGAAUCGCGCGAUAUGGAGUCAGAGAUCACAAUUCCUCUGUAUCAACUCAAUGUUAAUGCCAGCCAGGGAUGCCAGCUGAAAUACAUCUACCGCACUCCUUUGAUGGAAGAUGUUAAGGUGAUCUUGUCCUGCCAUUUUUCGUUGCAUGCUUCCACCAGCAGCGAUUCAGAUGACUUUUUUAAAUCAUGGUCUUCACCGAAAAAUCUAUCAGACGCUGAUGAGGAUGGGUUCCGUGCUACUAUUACUUCUACCAAAGAUGCUUGUGAUAGUAGAUGCUUCCUGCUGCCUGCAACGGAAGAAACAACAGGCGAAAAUGAUUGGAUCACUAAAACCAUUGGCAUUCCCUCUGUCUCCCCAGGAAACCAGCUAUUCAUCAAGCGUAUUGAAGUCAGUGUUAUCGCAAACACUGCAAGUCUGGUAGGAUUGGCACCGAAUGUCAUUGCUUGUUUGGGCUACCUGAGCAUCAUACCCACGACAUCAAGUACAGAAGAGUUACAGAUACAAAACUUGCGUUGGUCGGACACACGCAUCGAGAAGGUUUCAGCAAUAGAAGCCAGGCAAGGGCAACAUCAACAGCAGGAGAAGGAAGAUCUCAGCGAUAUUUCUAUACAGGAAGAGACGCUGCGUUAUUUUGGCACAUUAUCAUGGGAUAGCGCUUCUAGCAUACCAUCUGGCUGGAAAGAGAUUGAGUAUUACAUCGUAUCUCACGAGAUGGAUGGCAAUAUCAAUAGUCGCACGUUUCUAGGAACAGCUUUUUGUAACCAAUACCGCAUUUCCGGUUUAGACUGUACCAACAAAUCACGAACUCAUAGAAUUGUGGUAGAAGCUGCGAAUAGAGAAGGCCAUAUAACUGCUCAAUCAAACCUGGAUGUAGUAUUGGCAUAA